GGCAAGAUUAUAACAAAAUGGAAAGAAACAAGCAGGAGCGUAAACAUACGUUUAAGCCCUCUAAAUAUGCAGAUAGAUGGGGGUCGAAGGAAUACAAUGAGGAUCAUAAAGACCACCAGGAGAAGAGGGAAGCUAGGAAGAGGUGGAGGGAUUCACAUAGGAGAGAGUCCUCCUGGGUCACCCCUCUCGAAGCACUCGUUUCAUUGUCCCCAAGAAUGAAGGUUUCUAGAAGAUGCCUUUUCGCAUUUAAUGUUGAAGACAAAUAUUCAAAAAUCUUUGAUGAUUCUUCUGAUGAAAAAGAACAAAUGGAGCAAGAUUUGGAAGAAGAGAAAGUUCCUUAUUCACAAGAGCCAAAUCUUGCCCCUCUAUCGAAAGAGACUCUUCGUCUUCAUGACCAGAAGCUCAAGGGGUUUCAUAAUAGUAGAAAUUUUACUAGCAAGGAUGAAAAUAAGAAAAAGGAAGGUUCUGAGGAUUCUUUCACCUCCAUUAGUACAGAUAUCCAAAAUGCGAUUCAUUAUGAUCUGCUUGAGAAUGAGAUCUAUCACACUUGCAAUUACUCCAGAGAUUCAGGAUCAAUUUCAUGAUAUAGAGAAAAGAUAUCAUUUACUACAGAAUCUGGCAGCAAUACUGAGCAGGUUCUGAUAAAGAAUCAAGAGCAUAUGUAUGGAGCAGCUGAGCUAAAUUCCACAAUAACUUCGCAUCAAAGUAAUGACGAAAACUCUUCAAAUCAGUACAGCCAAUACCAUCAGUCUCCUUGUGUCCCGAGGAUGCAUCAGGAAGGACAGAUGCCAUACCCUCAUAACACAUUCAUCCUGAACAAAUAUCUUGGCUAUGACUCUUCUUUCUAUAGAGAGAAUAGCGUCUCUAGUAAUAAGAGUAGGAGUAGUAUCAGUAGUAGCAGCACUCAGAAAAGUACUAAUAGAAAGUACAUCCACAAGCGCCAUGAUAGUGACCUGAGCUACCUGAUCCAGAAUGCCUACGCAAUGAGCAGAGACAAGAAGAUGUGCAUGAAACUACAGACAAGAGUCGAGGAGGAGAAAAACAACAAUGAGUUUAUUAACGAGCUUUUUAAAAGACUCAUACCAGUAUUUUCGGAAAUCAUGAUGGAUCCUUAUGCUAAUUAUUUCUGCCAGAAAUUACUCACACUUGCUGAUGAAUGGCAUAUCAACAGAAUUUUGGAACAGAUCAAGACUAAAUUUGCUGACAUUUGAAACAAUACUCAUGGGACUAGGGCUGCCCAGAACUUAGUUCAGCAAAUGGAAUUGACUAAGGACAGAAUCCGUCUUAUUAGGAAAGCUCUCAAAUAACAAAAUUGUGGAUCUUGCCAUAAAUCAGCAUGGCAACCAUGUAAUUAAUAUCUGCUUAGCUCGCUUUCCUCAAAGUGAGCUUGAUUUCAUAGUCAGGGCUUUUGUAAACAAUUGUAGAGAGAUUUCUUCUCAUAAGCACGGCUGAAUGGUCAUGCAAAAAUGUCUCAUGAAUUGCUCAAGUACCCAAAGAAAGAAGCUUAGCACUCAGAUAGUACAAGACUCGCUUGCUUUGUCCAAAGACCAAUUUGGAAACUACAUUGUACAGAAUAUAAUCCAAAUGAAUGACUUUGACCAAAAUCAGGAGAUGCUCAAGAUUUUCACCCCUCAUUUGAUCAUUUUGUGUUCCCAAAAGUUCUCGUCCAACGUCAUCGAAAAGUGCAUUGAAAACUUCGAUGAUAUCACCAGAAACAUGCUAUAUGAACAACUUGAAAGACACCAUGUAAUGAAAUAAGAUUGUUUUGGACAACUUUGGCAAUUACAUAAUUCAAAAAGCUUUGAAAACAGCUAACAAGAAGAAAGAUCCAGCUUUCAGCAGACUUUUGGGACUUGUUCUAGAGAAUAUUAGGUACUUGGAUCAGAAAGAUUAUGGGAGAAAAUUAAUCAAGAAGCUGUGCAAUACCUACCCUGAAGUCAAGAAGUUUAUCAACAAGUAUAGAAGAAAGCAGCAUGACCACUUCAAGAAAAUCAAAAAGCUUAAAUAAGCUUAGAUAAACAUAGGGCUUUGGAAAACUGGAGUAGACUCUAUUCAUACAACUUA